UGAAUGUAAUCAGGUUCCUCAUUGCUGGUAGCGACACCACGGCCAUGACCGUCGCCUGGUGUCUCUACUAUCUCGCGCUAUAUCCUGAAAUACAGAACAGGGCCUGUGAUGAGGUGGAUGCUCUCGGCCAUGACCCCAGUACCAUGGAGGACCUCGACAGGCUGGUCUUCGUUAAGUGUUGCAUACUCGAAGCUCUCAGAUUGCAACCCCCGGCUGUGUUCCUUAUGCAUGAGUGUACUCGCGACACAGUUUUCGAUGGUCAUCGGAUCCCUGCCGGAACGGAUGUGCUGACCCUCUUCCGUAAGGCGAUGAUGACAGAAGCGCAGGGCGGGAAAACAUUCGACCCCAAACGUUGGCUCCUCUCUGACGGCUCGUCGAUAGACCAAGCGCGUGAACGUGAUCACCUGGCAUUCGGUGGAGGUCCUCGUCAAUGUCCUGGGAAGAACAUGGCCACCAAGGAGGCAGUGAUGAUCCUGACUCUGAUCCUAAGAUAUUUUAACUCUAUCUCAUUGAACUGCUCUUCCUCAAGUGUCCGUGGGGAGGCUACGUUCACGUACGGACCACUGAAUCUCGAGCUCCGAAUGCUGCAACGAGUUGGCUGA